GACCUACCACCUUUCCCCCAUUAUACUAGAGGCGAUAGUAGUGCGAGGACAGGUCGCUGGCGGUAGGCCGCGCCGCCGGAAGAGGACGCACCAUCGUGUUUCUAAUUUUCCAUGUGCAUGUAGAUCAUUGCCAUCCCGUGUAUACUAAAGUUUUACUUUUUCUUUUUACACUAUUAAUUGCUGCAACACAAACUGGACCUGGAAAUAAAAAACCGCUUUGAAGCACGACCCCCCCACCGUGUGUAGUUACCGAAGCGGCAUAUUAGGUGUUUACCAACAUAAAUUUCAUCAUCGUAGUCUUUUUAAACCUCGGAGGCCACUGGCGGAGGUGGUAAACAAACAGAGGUCGUAGUAACAUUUCUCAUAAGAAUAAGUAGCCCGUGGUGGAAUUGGAAAAAAAAAACAUCAUGGCGGAGAGUAGUUGCACCAGUAGCAGCGACAAUUACAACGUGGGCACUGGAACUGGUGCUGCAGUCGUGGACAGCAUAAGGAGCACUACAACGCAAGAUCUAGGGCUUCGCGAUGUCGAUGUUGAACGACAGGAUAUUAUGCAGCUGCAGACAACAUCUGGAGACUCUCGUCGGGAAGAAGUAGAGGAGUCGUGCCGGUCAGCAUCAUCCUCUACAGGAGCUCCUCCGUCUGCAAUAUCAAAAAUGAGCACCACGACGACGACGAAACAAACCCUGUUGACACCACCUGCGAUAGCGACAUCGACACCACAGAAUAUCAAGCAGGGCCUCGACCUCUAUCAAGUGCAAAAGUGUCUGGGUCUGGAAGGAUGUAACUUGUGAUGCGCAUUUCAGAACACACAAAAAUCUCUGAUGCAUAGGCAGCAAAAGCUGCUCACUUUCUGUCACCAACAUGGCGGAUUUGAUGUCAUGCGGAUUCGGCAUUGCGGAAGCUUCUCGAAACCUGUGACGCUAGAGCUUCCAUGCCGGGCCUUCUGUGUCAUGCAGAAACAGCAUGACUCUUCCAGACCCAGACACUUUUACAUUUGAUAACCUCCUCUGGACUACGAAUCUCCCAGACGGCGUUCUGGUCGAGAUUUUCGAGUUUCUCGACCCUUUGUCGAGUUUGUACUUUCUCCAGGCGAAUUGCACCAGUAGCACCGGCGGUUUUGGCUCGUUUUUAUCGCCGGAGAGAGGACGAGAACAGGAAGGUCUUCAGGAUGUUCCUGGCGGGGGGACACCAAACGGCAAUAAACUCCUGCCCAACUUCGGCAUCAACUUCGUGACCACGAACAAUAUCUCGUCGCUCCAAAGGUGCCUCUCGAACGGCGACGUGGUGAAUUUGAGUGUUGCUCCGACGGCGGCAGACCUGGUGCAGCUGGUGCACCAGCACGGUCAAAGAACAGCAGUCCAGACAGCAGCAGAGAAUUUGCAGACCGGGUUCUUCGGAGCAAGUGCAAGUUCCCUGGAAGACAACGCUAAGUCAACCGCAAGUACGGUAUCCACAUCCGCAGCUGUCACGACGACAAACUCCAUCUCGACGACUUGUUCUGGUGCCAGUGGAUCAUCAUCUUCGAUGUCGUCCUUUCAUCUUCACCUUUGUUCCACGAUGAGUCCAAUGUCCGCGAAAAGUCCGAUUAGCAGUGUCAUGGAGCUCUCACCGGAGUUGGAGCCCGCUUCCGCAAGUGCAACAACUCCAUCGGCAAUAAAACAAGCAUCCACGACCUCGUCGACCUCCGGGACGACCACGAUGAAGGCGACGAUCACUCUACCGCUGUCCCAUUUCGAAACGGGGAUUGUGCCGGUGCCAGCGAAAUUGCCGCUGCUGAAGUCGUUGCACAUAUCGGAAAUUUCUCUGCUGGAUGAGAAUCAGGAUCUGGACGAGUUGCAGUGGCUGAUUGAAUAUGAAUUGCAAAAGCAUCGCACUAGCAUAAACUGCAUUACAAGUUGUCUCAGCAUGAAAAGUUGACUUUGUAAUGCUGUUUUACCUUGGAACGGAAAUUUGUCAUGCAUGCCUGCAAUUAGUACGAGUGCGAUACUUUUGCAAUGCAUAUUGAAGAGAAUUCGUACUUGACAGAGAUCAAAAUCGGCGGACAAUUGGAAUUUCUGCGGGCGGUGAACAGUUCGGAUUGUUCUUCCAGCGAGAAGAAAGACGAAACUGCUCCUGCUGCUGCUGUCAAGAAUUGUUCGCCAGCAAGCGCGGCGGCCUCCAAAGUAGAACAAAAUAACAACUCUACAACUACCACGACGACGACCCAAUCCUUGCUGAUGGAGCGUCUCGCAAAGCUGCGUACCUGGUUCGAGAGGAAUUUUGAAAGGUCGAUUGAGCUCAAAAAGGAGGAAAUCAAAGCCCAGGCUGCGUUUUCAGCGUUGUCUCGGACCGUGUCCCGCGAAAUAACAGGAGACCAUCCUGUAGUUCAGGCGGGCAAUAAUAAAAAUUCGCCGAGUGAUCAUGAUUCUCUUUCUCCUGUGGAUGAUGAUCAUGCUCUUGACCAACACAACUUUUACAACGGUCAAAUGACGUCAACCACUGGUGCAGCUCAUCUCUCCCGAAGCAAAAACCCUUCUUCGCACUUCUCCUCGUUAGCCGAUCUCCACACGUCGGCUGCCGCGUACGCGUCUACGGCGACGGGGGAGGAAAACAACUCGCUGCAUCUGAACAACACGGCUUCGGAGCGGUAUUUCGAUACUUCGGCGAGUUCAGAUGAGGAGGUGGUGACAACACAGUGUAUCUUCGUGAUGAACACGAGAGAAGAUGGCGAAGAUGAGGAGCUGCUGUGGGAAGAUAGCGCCGACAUGGUCGUGGAAGACAAAUCGAAAUCGUCUCUGCUAUCGUUUGAGAACAAGAAGAACGUCGACCAAGUGAUUUGCGUGGAGGAUGUUGACAACUUGUCGACAACUUCUGCAGCCUUUCACAAGCUCACCCGCAGCAUUCCGACAAUGAACACAGCCACAGCCUCAAGUAGUUUAUCCGGAAGCAAGCUGAAUUACCUCGUGAAGCGCACCCUGGAAAAAGCUUCUUCCGGAACUGGGUCCAAGGAAUCGCUCGGGAGCGACGGCCCUUCCAACAACUACUGUAACUCCGGCAGUUACAGUGCGUUUGCCUUCUCCCCUUUCGCACGAGGAAGCAAUGAGCAAUCCACCUUGAACCAAACGAAGAGCACGAUGGCGCCACACUCCUACGGCGAUUUGUUGCAGCAACAGCAUUCACCAUUGAAAUCCGCUACCAGUGGUAAUUCGCUUCUGAAGCACGUCCCGAGUUACCAAGACGUGAAGAAAAAGUUAAAGCAGCGGCUGGGCGGCGCUGUCCUUUCGGAACCUAAGAACAUGGAAGUAGAAGGACAGCAAGAAAGCAUCAAUCAAUUUCCUGGCGAAAUUCAGAUUGACGAGGAGACCUUGCUAAAGACGACUUCGAGAUACAGUGACAAAUAUGAGAAGCAAAACAUCAGCUCCUCUUCCCGCAACACAAAUCCACCUGCGACCCUGAAUUACGAUGUGACCGUUCCGGCCUGUCUCCUCCAAUCCCUCGGGGUUAACAACAACUGCCAGAAGCUGCAGCAGCUCACGCUUUUCCAAAUCAAGCCGGAGUCGCUGCUCGGUGUGACGAGAAUUUUCUUACCCGAGUUGCUCAAAUUGUCCAUUCAGUUCAUGCUGGAAUACCGGCCGAACAACAAACCCUACAUUUGGAACUACAGCAAUCUGUUCGAAACCCCGAAGAUCCAGGAUCUCCAGCUCGAAAACGUCUCUGCCAGGCAGGUUUUCCAUUUAAACCUCGAGAACAACCAGAUACGCGGGGACUUGAUUUCCGAUUUCCCGCGGGUGACCGGCAUAGCGCAGCUGCUGGAACGGUUGGAUCUGGAGGGGAAUUUGGAAAAAUUCCGGGUGUUUAAAACGAAGCGAAUGUGCUUAUUACCGGAGGAAGCCGCUGACGUUUUGCGCUUGUUGGCGGGGAGAGGACGAGGGGAGAAUGUCGGGAGUGUUUUGACGCCGAGGGAUUUGGUGUUUGAUUCAACAGACAGUGAUAGUGAAUUACAACCAGCGGUCGAAGAACCUGGAGUUUGUUUUCCUCAGACGAUCAGCGAAGAACCUCGUCCCCAGGGGACACCAUUAGACAAUUGCCCACCACCAGCAGCACCACCAACAACUACCCUGUCCGAUUCCGACAUAGAGCACAAGAAUAAAAAGCCCUCCAAGCGACCUCCCGACAAUUCCCUGGAGCUGAUUUCCUUCGUCUGCCAUCCGAAGAUCAACAUAACCUCCGUUCAGGAACUCAUCAAGAUCCGGAUUGGCCUGCAACUCCCCGCGUUCGGGGCACACAAAAACGGGAUUACCGCGUCGAAGCAGUGGCCCAAGAACUGGCCGAGCCUGAAAACAAUGUACCCAAGAGGGAAAUACCAAAUCACCGGGUUUAACGUGUUUCAAACCGACUUUGUUUUCUCGGAAUUUGAAGACGUGGAAGACGCGGCGGUUGAGUGGCGGAAGUUGAUAUGCGUUGCAAAUAUGUCUGGGUCUGGAAGGUGGCAACUUGUGAUGCUGUCUUCGGAUUCGAAAGAAAAAUGCAUGACUAGAAAGAGGAGACGAGUCUGGGCUGCGCGGGGUGGGCAUUUCUCCUUUGGAAUAUGCAUCAGAAAGCUCUCCAAAAAUCUGUGAUGCUAGACCAACAUCACAGGCAUCAGGGGUCAUGGAAAAUGUGCAUGACAAACGUUUCAUUCUUCCAGGCCCAGACAUAUUUACAUUUGAUAGUUGAACAAAGAGGAAAAACAGUUCUUCGACGACCUCAGCCUGAGGUUCAGGCGGAAGCUGCUGUUUGAUUUGAGUUGA